UCAGUGCAGAGACUGCGGGCCGAAUGGCCGCUGUCCGCACUGUGCACCAUCUACUGAUUCUGUGAGACCAGCAAUUCCAGGCGGAUGCAGUCUUUCUCUCUCCCUGCUCCAUGACCUGUAAAUUGGUCACAGGUUAUCCAGCACACUCCCCGGUAAAAAGUCGAGGACUCCACAGAACAAUAGCAGUGCUGUGCAAGCUCCCAUUCUGCCACUGUGUGGAGUCCUUCCGUGCAUUAUUAAUGUAAGACUUUUCAACGAUACCUCCAGCAACCAUCACCCCACCCCCCCACUCCACCCCACCCACAAGCCCCAUCCCAUCGACCGCUUUCCUCUACCAACUGCAUUGCUUUAUCCUCUCCGGGUGAAGCCCAGCCCCAGCUCAAGCAUGAGGACAUGAUUGGCUGCCCGGGAGAUCCCAGAGGGAGCGGACGCUCUCCACCCAGCCUUAGAGCGGAGCUGGCGGCGAGGGCUGGGACACGGGCCGCAGUUCCUCCUCCGUCCCGGUGCCCCGAUGGUGAAAGCAGCCGGCUGGAGAACCCCGAGCGGAGCCGCGCUGAGCAGCCGUAAGGGAAGCGCGGAAACACGCUUCCAGCUGGAGCCUGGGUUGGCUCCGGAGGGAGACUGGUGCUGAACGGACAGCUCCAAGUGAUUGAAGCUCAGAUUUGUUCAGUGCUGAUUGAAACCAGAGAAACAGAGCGAGAGAGAGGGCGGGCUGACAAGCGCCCGGUCGGGAUUUGGAAUCUUUUAGCAGUGGCCAUGGACAUUGGGAGGUUGGCAGGAUUCAGCAAGCUGUGCUUGCUCCUUGUGUCGAGUCUGACCUGGCGCCCGAGCUUGCCCCAGAGCGUCUCCCCAGCGCUGAAGCAACACACCAACGACAAUAUCACCAUCUUCACCAGAAUUUUGGAUGGUCUGCUGGACGGAUACGAUAACAGGCUGCGACCGGGACUCGGAGAAAGGAUCACGGAGGUUAAAACAGACAUCUACGUUACAAGUUUUGGCCCAGUCUCGGACACUGAAAUGGAGUACACGAUAGACGUAUUUUUCCGCCAAAGCUGGAAGGACGAGCGCCUGAAGUUUAAAGGACCAAUGCAGCUGCUGUCUCUCAACAACAUGCUGGCGAGUAAGAUCUGGACUCCGGACACCUUCUUUCACAAUGGCAAGAAAUCGAUAGCUCACAACAUGACCACCCCUAACAAGCUACUCCGGCUGGUGGAGGAUGGUACUUUGCUCUACACCAUGAGGUUAACCAUUUCUGCCGAGUGUCCUAUGCAACUCGAAGAUUUUCCUAUGGAUGUUCAUGCUUGCCCCCUUAAAUUUGGAAGCUAUGCAUAUCCAACCUCGGAGGUCAUUUACACAUGGACAAACGAAACUCACAAAUCGGUGGUCGUGGCAGAAGAUGGAUCACGUCUAAAUCAGUACGAUUUAUUAGGUCAAACUGUGGGCAGUGAACUUAUCCCGUCAAGCACAGGCGAAUAUGUAAUAAUGACAGCACACUUUCAUUUGAAGAGAAAAAUCGGUUAUUUUGUCAUUCAAACCUAUCUCCCCUGCAUUAUGACUGUUAUCUUAUCCCAGAUGUCAUUUUGGUUGAACAGAGAAUCUGUCCCUGCCAGAACAGUGUUUGGUGUAACCACGGUGCUGACAAUGACAACAUUGAGCAUCAGUGCACGGAACUCCCUGCCUAAAGUAGCUUAUGCCACUGCAAUGGACUGGUUCAUAGCAGUGUGUUACGCAUUUGUCUUUUCUGCUCUGAUUGAAUUUGCAACAGUAAAUUACUUCACCAAACGAAGCUGGGCAUGGGAUGGUAAAAAGGCAUAUGAAGCUUUUCAAUCGAAGUGUUACAGCUUUGCUGGAACAGCUUGAUUAAGAGUGCAGCAAGUUCGAGAACACCAGCUUUCAGUAUUGCAGUGAGAAUAUUGUCGGGACCCAUAGUCUUUGCAAUGUCCAGUGCCUUUAGCCAUCUCUUGGAGUGAAUCGCAUUGGCUGAAGACUGGAUCUGUAAUAAUGGGCAGCUCAGGAGGAAACCAAGACUGAUCAUCCUGGCGUGCCCAGUGGAUAAAAACUGAUGCUAAUGCUUCAGCCCUGUCUUUUGCACUGCACUGUUAUGUCAGAGGGUGUCAUUGUUUAGGAUGGGGAUAUUUGUGAAGCUUCAUCCACCCUCUGGCAGUUGUUUAUAUAGCUUAGGCUGGUUGUUGUGUGAUGUGACACUCCAUUCUUCAAAUUUUGCAAUUGGUAUUUCACAUAUUGGGAUAUGACCUGCUGUUUCAGUUGAUUUACUGCUGCUUUACUCAAUUUAGGUUAAUUAGUGCACAUGUUAUGCCUAUAUUACAAAUCAAGUGUGAUGCCUGAGGCAUGGCACUUAAAUCAUAACACCUGAGAUAUUUAAGACAGCUCCCUGCUUUAGAUACCAGACACUUAUACCCAUAAGAUAGCAAUGCUCAUAAUUAAUAAGAGCUUAUGCUGUU